AUGAAGUAUCAACGCAUUGCCUCCCUGGGCCUUGCUGCCCUGAGUGUUUCGGGAUCCGUCUCUGCAAGCCCUCUCAUUCGACAUGAGGGCCAGUCGGUGUGUCCUUCAGGAUACACACAGAGUGUAUACUAUGUGACUGUUACUGCUAGUUCCACUCCGGCGUCGACUGUAUCCGUUGAGCCAACUACAACCCUGGAGUCCUCGUCAACCGUCACGGAGACCACAGUCAUCACCCCGGAGAUUCCAGUCCAAUCUCCUACAUCCACCCCGGUUGAGACUCCUGCUCCGGUGGAAUCCAGCGCUCCUGUCGAGCCUACCACUUCAUCAUCCACCACCGAGACACCCGUGGUGGCCCCAACCGUUGCUACACCCUCCACCACCAUUGAAGCCCAGCCUACAGAAGUAGUUGCCGAGCCUUCUACUUCAUCCUCUUCCACCGAAGAGCCCGCAGCAGCCCCAACCGUUGCUACAACAUCCUCCACCACGGCUGAUGCUCAGCCCACCGAAGUAGUCGCCGAGCCUUCUACUUCAUCUUCCUCCGCUGCUGAUAUCCAACCCACAACCGCCGUGGCUGCCCCUACAACUAAGCAGCAGAAGCAAUCAACCACCAGCACGGCCGCCCCAGCCGCCUCCACCUCUUCAUCCACCGGCUCCUCAGCCAGCAGCAGCAGCAGCAGCAGCAGCAGCAGCAGCAGCGCAUCCAACUCCGGCUCAGCCACCUUCUACGGCGGCAACAUCUCCGGCGGCGCAUGCUCGUUCACGGGCUACACACUGCCAUCCAACCUCUUCGGCACCGCACUCGGCUCCCCACGCUGGGACAACGCGGCCGAAUGUGGCGCCUGCGUUGCCGUAACAGGCCCUAACGGAAACACCAUCAAGGCCAUG